UUUUUUCUGAAACAAAAUGCCGAUACAGAGUAUAUAUGACUGAAAGUCUAAAACCCUGACCCGAUACACUAGGUCUAAACUACUGUUGUAAUAGCUUAAAUGCUUCUCUGAACUCCGGCGAACGGCGGCGCCACCGGUGAAUUCAAUUUGAAAUAUGAGAGGAGUUUCGUAUGUUUUGUCAUGUUCUCGGCACGUUCGAAGUACGCAGUUAUGUAGACCAGUCUCUAAUUUCUCGUUUCAUAGACCAAUAGUUACUUUUAGUUAUACUCAGUUACAGAAUAUGAUACCCCUGGUUCCUGAUUCUCUAUGCGGAAUGAGGUCUUUCUGCAAUAAGGCUGCGUCGAUCCCACUUGCACUUCAGGCGCAAGUGGAAAGAGAGAGGCAGAGGGAGAGAGAAGAGAGGAUCCGGAUGGGGUUGGAUACUGCCGAUAUUGAUGCUGAGGAUGAUGAGGAUUACAUGGGUGUAGGCCCGCUUAUUGAUAAACUUGAGAAAUGGAAGAUUAAACACCCUCCGAAUCCUGAGUUAGACAUGAUGUACGAAGAGCCUACUGACUCUGACAGCGAUGAAGAUGAUGACAGGUUUUCUGCUGAAGCUAAUAAAAGAAGGUCUGAAGAUUUUGAAAAGAAGUUUGCGCGCCAUAAAGAGCUUCUCAAAAGUUUCACGGACUCUAAAACUCUAGAUGAAUCUCACGAGUGGAUGAACAGACUUGACAAAUUCGAGCAGAAGCAUUUCAAACUACGUCCUGAGUAUAUAGUUAUUGGUGAAUUAAUGAACAGAUUGAAGGAGGCUACCGGGAAGGAUAAAUUUCUUCUCCAACACAAAUUGAACAGGGCAAUGCGUUUGGUGGAUUGGAAGGAAGCUAAUGACCCAAAUAAUCCUGACAAUUAUGGUGCAUUCCAGCAUGCAGAUGAAGCUGCUGUUGAAAAUGAGGAAUUUGAAAAGGAACAAUUGACUCGACGAGCUCAACUUAAUGACGACGAUGACAUGGAAUUUGACAGCAUGAAGGAGAGGGAUGAUAUACUUUUGGAGAAACUUGAAGCCAUUGACAAGGAACUGGAGCAGAAGCUUGGGGACUUGGAUCAUACUUUCGGAAAGAAAGGAAAGGUCCUAGAGCAGGAGAUUAGAGAUCUUGCUGAAGAGAGGAACUCCUUGACUGAGCAGAAGAGAAGGCCUCUUUACAGAAAAGGUUUUGACGUGAAACUUAUCGAUGUUAGUCGAACUUGUAAAGUCACAAAGGGAGGAAGAAUUUUUAAAUACACAGCAAUGUUAGCUUGCGGUAACUACAACGGCGUCAUUGGUUUUGCAAAAGCAAAAGGACCAGCAAUGCCCGUUGCUGUUCAGAAGGCGCAUGAGAAGUGCUUUCAGAAUCUACACUAUAUAGAGCGGCACGAGGAGCACACAAUUGCACAUGCAGUGCAAACAUCAUAUAAGAAAACUAAGGUUUAUCUUUGGCCCGGCCAAACUUUGACGGGGAUGAAAGCAGGCAGGAUUGUACAAACUGUGUUGAAUCUAGCUGGCUUGAAAAAUGUGAAAUCUAAGGUUGUUGGAUCAAGGAAUCCCGAUAAUACAGUUAAAGCUCUUUUUAAGGCUCUAAAUGCAAUUGAAACCCCUAAAGAUGUUCAGCAGAAGUUUGGACGGACUGUCGUUGAGUCAUACUUGCUGUGAUAGGGAAAGUGGAAGCCCCCAUUUUUUUGGACCACGGCAUAAAAGCCAGCUCGGAAUACAUAGUCAGCAUACGGGGUAGAGGAGAAAGUUUGACCUGCUGGUGACCAAAUUUCAUCUCUGGAAUAUCAAGUUUUGAUGUUUUAUCUUAUAUAUAAUAAAUCCCAGCUGCAACGGUCAGUAGUAAUCCUAUGUAUGUCAGAAAUAUUCCGCCAGAGUAACUGCACAGUGCAGCUUCUUAUCCCUUUUCUUUUAAAAAUCCGUGAAGAUGAGCGAUAUUCUUUUUACAAUCUUCACUUGUGGAAUCAGGUGGCAAAAACCAUCAAGAAAAUGACCGUCUGGAGUAAACUUGGCAAAUUUAUUAUCUGAGUUAGAUCCU